AUGUUUCAAAGUGGCAGCAGCGCGAGGCCGAAGCUAGAGCCUGCAGCAGCUGGCUCAUAUCAGCCGGCACAGAUCUCGCGGGAAAAGUACGAAAAGAUUGUUCAGGGCAGAAAUCGCUUCUUCUUGACUGCCAUCGGCAGUGUCGCGCUUUUCUUGGGCAUUAGCUCUCUUCCUCAGUUUCUCAUCUAUCGAUGUGCGCGCCAGCUGUACCGAAAGUACUGUCACGGUAAGGUACUCGACCUUUCUCCGAAGCUGUAUGACGAAAAGGACGUAGCGUUGUACGAGAUGUCCAAGGCCGUUUGUGUUGAGUUUCUAAUCGAGGAAAGGGUUGUAGACGAUGGUCACUACCGCUCAAGUGAGGCGCUGCCAGAGGAGGAGCAGGAGAAACGGCGGCGCGCCAUGACGCUUGAUUUUAUGAUUCGUAACGACCAUAACUGGGUUGGCAGUACGGUGAAUUUCGCUACCGUUCUACGUGCAGACACACAGCUCUCUGGCUUUCAGAAGUACGACUGCGUGCUUCUUCGUGACGAGCUCCUCAACCUGAACGAAACCAAGGCCCGCAAUCUCUUUGAUUCUGCAGUGCAGUACGUGAAGGAGGACGGACUGUUUCUUGUUAUGGAUGUCGGAAAGGCAACGUAUCCGCGGCUGAACAAGCUGGCUCGCUGGUUUAACAAUGCUACAAACAGUAAUAUGUGUUUUGUGCACGACUAUCACGGGUGGAUUAGUGAGAGUAUGCUGUACGAUGUCAAGGAGGAACAGAGAUGCCUUUUCGGUUUCUACUACGCCCUUGUUCUUCAGCCGCGGAAGGCCUCGCCGCCGAUGCCACCGAAGACGGCAGCGCCCGUGACAGAGGCAUUCGAGGGACAACCACUGUCUCAUCGAAACAGUGCAUCAUAG